AUGGCUCCGAAGCAGGCGACUCUGGGGAAGUUCUUUGGGGCGAAGACUGGUGCGCCCGUAAGGCAGACGACGCUGGCUUUUGCGACCAAGGCGGGGAGCAAGGAGACUGCCAAAGACAAGGCCGAGGAGGACGGGUCUGAAGGUGACGCAAGUACAAAAGAAAACUCAGAUCCAGAAAAGGAUUCAAAAAAACGGCCGCGAUCACCAAAGAAGAACAAGGAAGCAAAGGCAGCAGUGGUUGAGCCCAAAGCAGACGAAGAUGAGGACGACGCCCCUGUUACGAAAAGAAUCAGACGAACACGGGUCAAGAUUGAAGAUGACGAAGAUGAGGCUCCCCAAUCACCCCCAAAAUCGUCAAUCAAGGAAGAAGCCCCAAGCAGCCCUCCUGCUAAGAGAAAGAGAUCGCCGAGCCCCAAGUCAAGCCCCAAGUCGAGGUCUCAAUCGCCAAAGCCAGCUAAAGCAACAAAGGAGAAGAAAAAUGCUGCGGUUGAGGAAGAUGGCGACAAAGUUAUGAAGGAUGAGGAGUCUUCAGAGUCAGCAUCAGAGGUUGAGAGCGAUACGGAAGAAAAGAAGGCUGUUACUGCCAAGGCGCGCAAAGCUCAACAGACAAUGCUCCAGAAACAUGAAAAAGACCCUUAUCCCGACUGGAAAGCCGGAACCCCUGUACCAUAUGCGGCUCUUUGCAAGACGUUCUCUCUUAUUGAGUUGACCACGAAACGAUUGAUCAUUAUGGAACACUGUUCGCGCUUCCUGCGUCAAGUCAUGCGGCUCACUCCCGAUGACCUGUUACCUACGGUUCUCCUCAUGAUCAACAAACUCGCUCCUGAUUAUGCAGGCAUCGAGCUCGGCAUCGGUGAAUCUCUGAUCAUGAAAGCAAUCGGCGAAACAACCGGAAGAAGCUUGCAGGUUAUAAAAGCCGAUCAGAAAGAGAUUGGCGAUUUGGGCCUUGUCGCUGUGAAGAGCAGAUCAACACAGCCAACCAUGUUCAAACCCAAGCCGUUGACUGUGAGAGGUGUCCAUCAAGGGUUGAUGGCCAUCGCGACAGUGACUGGUAAUGGCGCCCAAGGCCGCAAAGUCGACGGAAUCAAAAAGCUUUUAUCUUCCUCAGAUUCUCACUUGAAGGAAAAGGUAGACAUCAACAAGGAUAAGGGCGGCCCAAGCGAAGCAAAGUACAUUAUCCGAUUUUUGGAGGGAAAACUUCGACUUGGUCUGGCAGACAGGACUGUUUUGGUUUCACUGGCCCAAGCCGUUGUCGCUCACGAAGCAGAGGUCAAGGGCAAAAUCCCCAGCACCACAGAUUUGGAAAAUGGGGAGUCUAUCCUCAAGACAGUUUACAGCGAGCUGCCAAGCUACGAUGUCAUCAUCCCAGCUAUGCUUCAGUAUGGAAUUCAAAAUCUGAGAGAACACUGCAAGCUCCGGCCCGGUGUGCCUUUGAAACCUAUGCUGGCCAAACCAACCAAGGCCAUCACAGAGGUUCUGGAUCGAUUCGAAGGCCAGACAUUUACAUGCGAGUACAAAUACGAUGGCGAACGUGCUCAGAUUCAUUAUGUGGCCAAGGAUACGUCACAAGGCUCAGGAGUCUCGUCCAUCUUCUCUCGCAAUUCCGAAGAUCUAUCCAAGAAGUAUCCUGACGUUCUUGCGAAGCUCACCACGUGGGUCAAGGAAGAUACAAAGAGCUUUGUUCUUGACUGCGAGACCGUGGCGUGGGAUAUGUUGGAGAAAAAGGUACUACCGUUCCAGCAACUCAUGACUCGCAAGAGAAAAGACGUAAAAACCGAGGAUAUCAAAGUCAAGGUUUGUGUCUUUGCCUUUGACCUGCUGUAUUUGAACGGAGAGGCUGUUGUGGAAAAGUCGCUUCGUGAGCGAAGGGAACUUCUCGGCACUGCGUUCGUUCCAAUUGAAGGCGAAUUUGCAUUUGCAACGCACAUGAAUGGUCAAGAGCUGGACGAGAUCCAAACGUUCCUGGAUGAGAGUGUCAAGGCAUCCUGUGAGGGUCUGAUGGUGAAGAUGCUGGAUGGCAAGGAGAGCGGAUAUGAGCCCAGCAAACGAAGUCGAAACUGGCUCAAGAUCAAAAAGGAUUAUCUCUCUGGCGUCGGUGACUCCUUGGACCUUGUUGUCUUGGGAGCCUACUAUGGCAAGGGCAAACGAACAUCCGUCUACGGCGCUUUUCUACUGGCGUGUUACAAUGCUUCCACUGAUACUUACGAAACCGUCUGCAACAUUGGCACUGGUUUCUCAGAACAAGUCCUGGAAGAUCUCUAUGCUCAGCUCUCACAAAUCACAAUCGCUCGCCCCAAGCCGUUCUACUCACACUCCGCAGGUGGACAGCACCAGCCCGACGUCUGGUUCGAGCCACGCUACGUAUGGGAGGUCAAGACGGCAGAUUUGACCCUCAGCCCUCGCUACAAAGCUGGAUGGAAAGAGGGCGUAGACCCGGCGGGCGAGAAGGGCAUCAGUCUGAGAUUCCCGCGGUUCAUCAAAAUUCGCGAUGAUAAGAAACCGGACGAGGCAACCUCUAGCAGGCAGGUUGCGGAAAUGUACAGGAAACAGGAGAGCGUGACGAAGAGCAAGGGUCCGUCGGUGGAUGACGACUUUGAGUAUUAA